GAAGAUAAUAUUCCAACAUGAAUUCCCUUUAUAGUUACCACAACAUUGAAGAAUCUACUUUCACUUUCUCAGUUACUCUCGAUUGCCUUUUAAAUUAUCAAACUUUACAUAACUUUUAGUGCUCAUCAAGAGUUAAUUAAUUGUCCCAUAAGUGUAAACAACAUUAACCUCAGAUGAUACAAUAUCAACGACAAUUAACAGUUAAUCAACUGAUCAAUUGGACUGAGUGAAACAAGAAAAGUUUCAUUUUUUAGUUCAACAGUGAUAAAAGUUUGUUUGUUUGUAUUUUUUUUUUGGUGAAACAAUCAGAAACUAUUGAACAAUUUAAAUUGUAAUCAAAUCUCAUCCAUAGGAAGAGAAAUCUGAUCUUUGUUAAUCUUUCCAACUAAAAGUGAAAAUGGGAUUAAACAUAAGACAAUUUGUGGGCAAAUUAAUCUCCUUCAUAAUAUACUCAACACUAUUACACACAGAUUUAAUUGUCGCAAUUAAAUUACGUAGAUUUGGUGUUCCCGGUGCAGUUUCAAAUGGCUCAUCAGUUUGGCUUCAUUGUGACUACGAUUUAGAAGGUGAUUCCUUGUAUUCAGUCAAAUGGUACAAAAACUACGAGGAGUUUUAUGGAUAUUUACCUUUGAACUCUCAUUCGGAGGUUGAACAUAAAACUUAUUAUCAACGAGGAAUCAACAUAGAUUUGUUAAGGUCAAAUGCCACUCAUGUUCACCUUGAUUGGACUGAUUUAAACACCGAGGGGACAUUUGGUUGUGAGGUUUCAACGGAAGCUCCAGUUUUCCGAACCGUUAAAGCGGAAAAAGAUCUUAGGAUUUAUGUUGCACCAAUCUCAGAACUGAAAAUUAAUGGAAUCGAGGAGAGAUAUAAUAUUGAAGAUACAGUUACUCUGACCUGUAUUGGUGGACCUUCAAAACCUCCCAUGAUAUUAUCAUGGUCAAUUAAUCAUAAACAGGUUUAUCCUUCACUUGAUUUCCACAUAUCAAUAAACACAAGCCAAGAUUUUGAUGGACUUUCACUUUCAACCUCUACAUUGACCUUUCCCCUCAAGUCGACCUUAAUAUCAACCGGUGAUCUGAUUAUCAGUUGUGAAGCUUUAUUCACAACCAUUAACGGUGUAACCUACAAGGAACUUAUUAUCGAAGAGAAAAGUUCAUCUUCUUCCUCUUCAUCUGAUAAUGAUGAACAUGAUUCUUACUCAUCUUCCUCAUCCUCAUCAUCGCAUCAUCAUCAUCAUAAUCAUCAUCUUCAUUCACUUGACACAGAUUAUCCUGUUACCUCUGAGAGUUAUAUUGAUUCAAAUGAAGAAUCACAAUUCCUGAGAUCACCAACAAUCAAUGGUUACUCACAUAUCUAUUCAAUUGGAACCAUUUUACAAGUUAAUUGUUCAACCGAACCCUUUUACCCACCAGCUUAUCUUGAAUGGUAUAUCAAUGAUAAAGAGGCUUCAAGGGAGGAAUUGGUUUACUUUAAUCACAAUCAACCUGUCAUCAGAUAUGAUCCCUCAUCAACUAAUUAUGCUGAUUUGUUUGGUGACACUUCAGCUAAAUCAUCACAAUUAGGAUUACAAUUAAAAAUUACCAAGGAACACUAUCAGACCUCUGAUGGUUUCUUAAGGGUCCGAUGUAAGGCCACUUAUAUUAAGAUAAUUAAACGAGUUAAAUCACAAUUAACCAUCUCUAAUGAUGGUAAACAUAGUUCACAAUUAUAUGCAUCACAUCCAGUUUUAUCAGGUUGCUUGAUGAUCAAUGGCCCAUCAUUGUUAAUUGUGAUUCUAAUCAUGAUUCCUUUGGAUUUUUUCACUUGAUUGUUAACUUAAUUUUCACCUUACUUUUAAUUUUCUUCCUUCGAUUCAUUUAAUUAAAAUCCGCCCAACAUUACAACAAUUUAGAUUAAUUAAUUUCUAUUCAAAUGCCUUGAUGGUUAAUCACUCAUUAAGAUCUUAAUUGUUUUCCCCUUUAACUUUUUUUCUCUUUCUAAUAUUUAGUUAAUCAUUUAGAUUAUCAAUUUAUGGUCCAAUGUUAUUGCUCACUUUUAACCUUUUCUAUCAUUACAAUUAGUAAUUAAAUUGUCUAACAAUUAACUUGAUGAUUACUUUUAUUGUACACAAAUUGUUUCCCUUUAAUUUUUAAAAGUAAUCAAACAAUUAGUUAAUUGUAAAUAUAUAUAACUUAU